AGAGAAUGAAGAAGAAAAAAAUGCAGAUGAAAACCAAGUUUUUCAUAUUCUUCUGUUACAUUGUAAUUUUUUGUUUCUCUUAUAGUUUUUCUGCUGCUUCAAAAGCUUCUUCAAAUGAUGAAGUUUCAGCUUUGCUUUCUAUAAAAUCAGGUCUUGUUGAUCCUUUAAACAGUCUUCAUGAUUGGAAAUUGGAUGCAGAUCAUUGUAACUGGACCGGAAUCAAAUGCAACACGGAUGGAAUGGUAGAGAAUCUUGAUCUUUCUCACAAGAAUCUCAGUGGUAUAGUAUCCAAUGAUAUACAAAGUCUUCAAAAUCUUACUUCUCUUAACUUAUGUUGCAAUGCAUUUUCAUCACUUUUUCCAAAAUCUAUAGUAAAUCUCACCACAUUGAACAUUCUUGAUGUAAGUCAGAAUUUCUUUAUUGGUGAAUUUCCAUUAGGAUUUGGAAAGGCGUUGAAACUCGCGAGCUUAAAUGUUUCUAGCAAUGAGUUCAAUGGUUCAAUUCCUUUGGACAUUGGAAAUGCAACUUCAUUAGAAAUGCUUGAUCUUAGAGGUAGUUUCUUUGAAGGUUCAAUUCCGAAAUCAUUCGGAAACUUGAAUAAGUUGAAGUUUCUUGGUUUAUCUGGGAAUAAUCUCACUGGAAAAAUUCCUGGUGAGCUUGGAAAACUUUCAUCAUUGGAGUAUAUGAUUGUUGGAUAUAACGAAUUCGAAGGUGAGAUUCCGUCAGAAUUCGGAAAUCUUACUAGUCUAAAGUAUCUUGAUUUAGCAGUUUCCAAUCUUGGUGGUGAGAUUCCAAAUGAAUUAGGAAAUCUUAAGGUAUUGGAUACACUUUUCUUAUACAAUAACAAUUUUGAAGGAAGAAUUCCAUCACAAAUUGGUAACAUUACUUCUUUGCAGUUUUUGGAUUUUUCUGAUAACAAUUUGUUAGGAAAAAUUCCAGAUGAAAUUAGUCUGCUGAAAAAUUUGAAGCUUCUGAAUUUCAUGGGAAAUCGGUUAUCCGGUUUUGUUCCUUCUGGAAUUGGUAACUUGCAUCAACUAGAGGUUCUGGAGCUAUGGAACAAUUCAUUAUCAGGUCCAUUGCCUAGUAACCUCGGCGAGAAUUCACCGUUGCAAUGGUUGGAUGUAUCAUCCAAUUCACUCUCUGGUGAGAUUCCAGUAACUCUUUGCAGCAAAGGAAAUCUCACUAAGCUCAUACUUUUCAACAAUGCUUUCUCCGGUCCAAUUCCAUCAAGCCUAUCGACGUGUUCUUCACUUGUUCGUGUUCGAAUUCACAACAAUUUACUUUCCGGUAAAGUUCCUGUUGGUCUUGGCAAGCUUGAGAAACUUCAAAGGUUGGAAUUAGCUAAUAAUAGUCUCACUGGUGAAAUACCAGAUGAUAUUCCUUCUUCCGUGUCGCUUUCUUUCAUUGAUCUGUCAAGAAACAAACUUCAUUCUUCUCUACCUUCCACCAUUCUUUCCAUUUCAAAUCUUCAAGUAUUCAUUGUCUCACACAAUAGCUUAGUAGGUAAAAUCCCUGACCAAUUUCAGGACUCUCCCUAACUUACUGUUCUUGAUCUCUCGUCGAAUCAUUUGUCCGGAACCAUUCCCGAAAGCAUAGGUUCUUGUCAAAGAUUAGUAAAUUUGAAUCUACAAAAUAACCUUUUGAUUGGUGAAAUUCCAAAAACAUUAGCUAACAUGCCAACAUUAUCCAUCCUUGAUCUUUCCAACAAUUCGUUGACCGGUCAUAUACCUGAAAACUUUGGUUCAUCACCAGCUCUUGAAGCAUUUAAUGUCUCAUACAACAAGCUUGAAGGUUCUGUACCAGAAAAUGGUAUGCUGAGAACUCUAAACCCGAAUAAUCUCGUCGGAAAUGAUGGCCUAUGUGGUGGUAUCCUCUCUUCAUGUGAUCAAAACUCAGCAUACUCCUCGAGGCAUGAAAGUUCACAUGAAAAGCGCAUUAUCACAGGAUGGAUAAUUGGAAUAUCAUCAAUUCUAGCCAUUGGAAUUACAAUUUUGGUAGCAAGGUCUUUAUAUGUAAGGUGGUACACCGGCGGUUUUUGCUUCAGAGAGAGAUUUUAUAAAGGUAGCAAAGGGUGGCCAUGGAGAUUGAUGGCAUUUCAGAGACUUGGUUUUACAAGUUCAGACAUUCUAGCUUGUAUCAAGGAAACAAAUGUGAUUGGAAUGGGAGGUACCGGCGUUGUUUACAAGGCCGAGGUACCGCAUUCUAACACAGUUGUGGCAGUGAAAAAGUUGUGGAGAUCAGGAAAUGAUGUUGAAGUAGGAGGAGGAGGAGGCGGUGAUGAACUUGUUGGAGAGGUGAACCUGUUAGGAAGAUUAAGGCAUAGAAACAUUGUUAGAUUAUUAGGAUUUCUUUAUAAUGACACUGAUUUGAUGAUAGUUUAUGAAUUUAUGCCUAAUGGAAACCUUGGAGAUGCCUUGCAUUGUAAGCAAACAGUUAGACAGCUUGUGGAUUGGGUUUCGAGAUACAAUAUAGCUUUAGGAGUUGCUCAAGGACUUGCUUAUCUUCACCAUGACUGUUAUCCGCCGGUUAUUCAUCGCGACAUUAAGUCAAAUAAUAUACUUCUUGAUGCAAAUCUUGAGGCAAGGAUAGCAGAUUUUGGAUUGGCCAAGAUGAUGGUCCGUAAGAACGAAACCGUCUCCAUGGUUGCCGGUUCCUAUGGCUACAUUGCUCCUGAAUAUGGCUAUGCAUUGAAGGUGGAUGAAAAGAUUGAUGUAUACAGUUACGGAGUAGUUUUAUUCGAGCUUCUGACAGGAAAGAGGCCGCUUGAUGAAGAAUUUGGAGAAAGUGUAGACAUUGUAGAAUGGAUUAGAAGGAAGAUUAGAGAUAACAAAUCUCUAGAAGAAGCAUUAGAUCAAAGCGUAGGAAACAGCAGACAUGUUAUAGAAGAGAUGCUUUUAGUUUUAAGAAUAGCAGUUAUUUGCACUGCUAAGCUUCCUAAGGAAAGACCAAGUAUGAGAGAUGUGAUAAUGAUGCUUGGAGAGGCAAAGCCUAGAAGAAAAAUCAGUGGCAACAAUGAAACAUCUUUAGCAGCUAACAACAUUAAUAACAAGGAGAUGUCAGUUUUUAGCACAUCACCAGUUAGUGGCCUUCUUUAGGAACAAGAUUUGAGUUUCACCAACCAAUCGUUAGUUGGUCCAGUGAUGAUUGGAUCUGGUAGGAAGGACCACGGUUCGAUCUCCCGCAACUGCGAUCGAGAGGGAGCUGAAACCACUUGAUGCCAGAACUGACUCUGGACCAUAUUAGGCGGUUCAGUAGACCCGAUAUCGGUGGUGAAAACUAAAAAAGAUUUGAGUUUCACCUAUGUAAUUUUGUAAUCAGUGAUGCAAUAUUUAAUUGUCUUUGUAAUAUUAAUUAAUGUAAUGAGAUUAAUUUGUGAAAAUAAAUUUUCUAUGUAUCCU